GUUUCUGUUUCAGGAGCUGGAGAAUCUGGGAAAAGCACAAUCGUGAAGCAAAUGAGAAUCCUUCAUGUGAAUGGAUUUAAUGCGGAAGAGAAAAAGGUUAAAGUACAAGAUAUUAAGAAUAAUAUUAAAGAGGCCAUUGAGACCAUAGUUGCGGCAAUGAGCAACCUGUCACCUCCAGUGGAGCUAGCAAAUCCAGACAACCAGUUCCGAAUUGAUUAUAUCACAAACUUACCGAGCGACAAAGAUUUUGACUUCCCGCUGGAGUUCUAUGAACAUACAAAAGCACUCUGGCAAGAUGAAGGUGUGAAGGCCUGCUACGAGAGAUCGAAUGAGUACCAGCUUAUCGACUGCGCACAGUAUUUUCUAGAUAAAAUCGAAAUUGUGCAACAGAAUGAUUACACACCUUCUGACCAGGACUUGCUACGAUGCAGAGUCCUGACAUCAGGAAUAUUUGAAACAAAGUUUCAGGUGGACAAAGUGAACUUUCACAUGUUUGAUGUCGGUGGUCAGCGUGAUGAGCGCAGAAAGUGGAUCCAGUGCUUUAAUGAUGUGACAGCAAUUAUAUUUGUGGUAGCCAGCAGCAGUUAUAAUAUGGUGAUCCGAGAGGACAAUCAGACCAACAGACUCCAGGAAGCGCUAAACCUCUUCAAAAGCAUCUGGAACAAUAGGUGGCUACGGACAAUUUCAGUCAUUCUCUUCUUGAAUAAACAAGAUCUACUUGCUGAGAAGGUUUUGGCUGGAAAAUCGAAAAUCGAGGACUACUUUCCAGAGUUUGCUCGUUACACCACCCCAGAUGAUGCAACUCCAGAGCCUGGGGAAGACCCCAGAGUCACAAGGGCCAAGUACUUUAUUAGAGAUGAGUUUCUUAGAAUCAGUACAGCAAGCGGAGAUGGCCGGCACUACUGUUACCCUCACUUCACAUGUGCGGUGGACACAGAAAAUAUUCGAAGGGUUUUUAAUGAUUGUCGGGACAUUAUCCAAAGGAUGCACCUCCGUCAGUACGAACUGUUGUGA